AUGAAGUUCACUCUCCUCGCCUCCGCUAUUCUAGCCACCGCCGGCUUCGUCGCUGCCGACAGCGGUGACAACGCCCAAUCCUACGGCGAGAGCCAGGCUUCCGACGCCGGCUCCUUCGGCGAAACAAUUGCUUCAGCAGCCGAGAAUGGCGACACCGGUGCCAUCGCAAGUGACGCCCAGACCUUCGGUAGUGGUGUCGCAUCUGAUGCUCAGACCUUCGCUUCUGGAGAAAAGUCUAUCUGGACCGCCGAACACACCACCACCAACUCCAAUGGUGACACUACCACUGUUCCUACUACUAUGACCACAACCGCUCCCGCUGCCACUAGUACCGGUACUGGUUCCCAAUCUGCUUCAGGAUCCAGCUCAACAGGUACCAACGCUGCUCCUCAGGUUACUGGUAUGGGCGCUGCCGCUGCUGGUCUUGCUGGUGUUGUCUACGUUAUGGUCGCUCUGUAA